AUGUACGGCCCAACAUCGCAGGCGUACGGCAGCCCUGCUGCUGGAGCGCAAUAUCGCGCCUCGCCAGCACCCUCGGCUGUACCGCGACAGCAGCAGUAUGCUCCUAACCCGGGAUACCAGCAACCAGUGAUGUACACCCAGUCCCCACAGCAACAACAACAGCAACGCUACACCGCCCCACAGGGCUUCGCUCCCGGUCCUGGUGCCGGUCAAGCACCCAUGGGUGCCGGCUACCCCGCUGGCUAUGGCGGGUUUCCUCAACAACAGCAGAUGCAGCAGGUUGCUCAACCACCUCCGCAGCGUCGCCAGCAGCAGCAGCAGCAACCACACAAAGGCACAAUCCCCCCAGGGCAGAUGGUGCGGGUUGGCCACAACACCGUCCGCGUGGAGAAGUAUCUCUCCGAGGGCGGCUAUGCGCACGUCUACCUCACUACGUCUGAGAACCCCGUCUAUCCGCCAAAGCGGAGUGGUGACUCGAAGGGUCGCUGGGGCGAGAAGGGGUACACCCAGCAUUGUCUGAAACGUAUUGCCUUUGAGGACGAGUCGGUGUGGGCGGACGUGAGCAAGGAGAUUGAAGUGAUGAAAGCGCUCCCUGCGUCCCCAUACCUUGUCCAGUAUCUCGACUCUUCGCAUCACCGCCUGCCAAAUGGCCAACACGAGGUGUUCAUCCUUAUGGAGUUCUGCUCUGGUGGCGGCAUCAUUGAUCUCCUGAACAAGCGUCUGCGCGACCGCUUGAAGGAGAUUGAGAUUCUCAACAUCUUUACCGAUGUCUGCGAGAUUGAGAACGUCCUCUCCCACCCCAACGGCCAGGCUCCCUCAUCCCAGCGCCCAACGCCACUGGUCUUCAAGCUGUGUGACUUUGGUUCAACCACGUUCCCGGCAUCCCACCCGCCCACAACCAAGGCCGAGGCGGACGCCCUCGCCAUGGACCUGAACAAGCACACGACCUUGCAGUACAGAAGUCCAGAAAUGGUUGAGCCCAUGCUCGGUUGGGCUGUUGGCCUCCCAAGUGACGUAUGGGCACUUGGUGUCCUGUUGUACAAACUCUGUUACUACACCACUCCGUUUGAGGAGCAUGGUACGCUCGCAAUUGUUAACGCCAAAUACACGUUCCCUCAGUAUCCCGUGUACUCCCCUAGACUACAGCAUCUUAUUGCAUCCAUGCUCGUCGAGCACCCCACGCGCCGCCCGAACGUGUUUGAAGUCCUCAAGGCGGCCCAUGAGAUGAGUGGCACGGCACCCAUGGUCGACUAUCCUUCCCCAGCAAACCGCAACGCUCUUCCUCCUUCUCCAAGCAAGCGUCGCUCCCAAUCCAUUGCGCAGCAGCAGCCGCCACCUCCAUCAAACAACAACUUGCUCGAUUUCACACCGGGUGCUCCUCCUUCGCGACCUGCCAUGAUGGUGGACCAAGAGUUGGCGAAUGCUGCCCAAAAGGUGACCCCUGGCCGUCGUGGUCGCCCCACCCGCGACUCUAUCAAGUCUCAGCCGCCCCCGCCGCAGUUACCAUCCGGCGCUACAUCUGGCCCACCUGUGGUCAACAAGAUGUCGGUGACAGGCGAGGGUGCCAAGCCAAAGGGUCCGUCGCCAACUCGGCAUCAAUAUGGGGCCUCCAUGUCUGUCAAGGCACCUCCCAAGCUGGACACACAGAAUAUCCAACGGCCUUCACCCCAGGCAAGCGUCGAUGCGUUUGGGUUGCCUACCAACAAGGCGACCGUUACAUCGCCUGGCGGAUUUGGCGACGCGUUUGGCGUGUCCCUCAAGUCGACCAAGUCGCCCGUUUCCACCACCUCGCCCUCCGGGUUUGGUGAUGCCUUUGGUGUGCCGCUCAGGUCGGCCAAGUCUCCCACAGCUUCAUCGCCGGCUGGGUUUGGCGACUCGUUUGUGGUCCGCAAGACGACGCUUCCCUCCAGUGCUGCGGACAAGUAUGGUGGUCUGGGUCGAGCGUCAAACCAGCCUCCUCCACCUCAGCUUCCAUCCCGUGGCUUUAGCGACAAUUUUGGAAAGGCCUCACCCCCGCUGUCUGCUAGGCCAUCGCAGCCUUCGCCACCUGUGUCCGCCAAGCCCACGCGGCCUUCGCCCAUUGAGACAUCGCCUCAGAAAAUGGCGGCCUCGCUCACGUCACUCCGCUCAUCAAACCAGACAGGGACCAAAUCUCCAGUAGAUCCCUCUUCGUCUAUCCCUGACGGCGAGCUUACAUUUGAGCAGCGCUUCCCAUCUAUCGAGGCCCUCUCGUCUGGCCAACACACUCCUCCUGCUCCAUCUCCUCCUCUGGCUUCUCCACCUACGGCCGUGGCGACUGCCAAGCCAGCACACAUCCGCCGUCCCUCGCUGGCCAUCGCCAACCUCACAGGUGGCGACCUGGCGUCUGCCAACCGCUCGCCCAAGGUCACUACUCAGCUUCCACCGCAGCCUCGGUCGACUCACGUCACAGGCACUGCGUUCAAGGCUAGUAAUGACCGCCACCAAGGUCUCCGUGUGCCGUCGCCCGACAAGCGCAACUCUGCAACGUCGGCGACAGCCGACUACUUGGAUCUUCUGGACGACGAGGUAGGGGCGGCUCUUCAGACGCCUGAAGACUUGAUGGGCGACGAGGGUUCCGAGUCCAGCCAGAUUGCGCUGGCACCACUUCGUCCCGUGCUGUCCAAGACACCGUCGUCUGGUUCGCGCUUUGGUGUGUCGCCCUCAGCAAUGAAGCCCCCAGCGCUGCCCAUGCAGCAGUCGCAGCCUCCUGUUGCUCCAAAGCCGAAACCAGCCUUCCUCGCGGCCGACAACAAGACGCAAGGUGCUGCGCAGCGCGCGACCCUGCCGCCACUCUCUGCCAGCCGGCCGACCAGCAACUUCAACUCGGAGAUGUGGUCGCCACUGGAGCGUAUGCGUUCGAGCAGUGUGUCGACGCGCAAGUCGCCGACCUCACCGUCGUCUGGCAAGGACAAGAGCGGAGGUAUCGAGCCCGAUUCCAGCGAUGACGACGCAGGGCCGGAGGAUGUCAGCGGCGGUGGUCGCCGACCCUCCUCACCUCCCCGCUAUGGCCGCGUUUCGCCCGCGCCCGGCAUUGCACGUAGAAUGUCGGCGUACGAGCCAGGCGCCAUUCCGGGCCUCCCGGCGUCCAGAUCGCCUGCAGUAUCGCCCGCGACGUCCACCUUUGCAUUCAACGUGCGCCAACCCAGCCAACCCAGCGGCCGGCCAAAGUCGAUGUAUGUCGGUGCCUCGCCUACGGCCCUGAGCCCCCCUACGUCGGACAUCUCGCGCAGUUCGUCACCGGCCAGGGAGGAGCGUCACCUGCGUCGGAGCAGCAUCAACGACAUUGUGUCGCGCUACGAGGCCUUGUCCACUGACAAGAGUCCUCGAUCGCCGAGCCAUCCACUCCAUGACCUUCCGGCGAACGGCAACGGCGUCAAUGUGGGUGUCCAACGCAAGCCUAGUGUUCGCGCCAAACCCCCCACACUUGCUGCCAAGCCCAACAUCGUCGCGCCGUCAGCACCGCCCACGGUUGCGGCCAAGCCGCUGAUGCUGCGUAAGCCGUCCGGCUCGCGUCCACCCCCGCCGACCCUGCCUGUCCUGCCUGCGUCCAGCGCUGUUUCGCAGCCGUUUCCAAGCCAGACGGUGACGGUGACGUCUCGUGCGCCACCAUCGACACAGCCCAAACCCGCCUCACUCCGAAACGUGCCCCAGCUUGCUGGGGGUGACGAUCGUAAGGCGUUUGUGUCAGCAGUCGACAAAGUCUCGUCCGUGUCACAGCCUGUGACUGUUCCGGCAUCCGGCGGCCGAAGUGCGCGUGAUUCACCCACGCACGGUGGCGGAGGUGGUGGUGGAGGUGGUGGAGGGGCAGGAGGAGGCUCCAGUGGUUCUAGCCCUGAGAAGCAGCAGCCAGUCAACGUCUUGAUUGCCCGCUGGAACAAGGGCAAGUGA